AUGGAGAGCAUGCUAAAACUAUUUAGUGAAUGGGAGAUUCAGCUGCUUGUGCUUUCCAGCUUCAUGCUACAAACAUUCCUCUUCUUUACUGGGAGCCUUCGGCUACGUGGCACCAACGGUUUUCUUAGAGGCGCCAUUUGGGUAGCUUAUUUAGCGGCAGACUUGGUGGCAGUUUUUGCCCUUGGCUUUAUGUCACGACAAAGGGAAUCCACCACGGAAAGGGGCACAAUAAGGGAAACCCACCCGCUGUCCUUCUUGUGGGCGCCUUUUCUCCUCAUUCAUCUCGGCGGACAAGACACCAUCACUGCAUUCGCCAUAGAGGACAACAGUUUGUGGCUAAGGCAGAUGUAUAAUUUGACAGCCCAAGUGGCCCUGGCCUUGUAUGUUUUCUGGAAGUCGACUGGUUUGCGCAACAUGCAACUUCUUCUCCCAGGCAUCUUUAUAUUUGUUGCUGGAGUCAUCAAGUAUGUUGAGAGGACACUGGCUCUCAUGUACGGGGAUAACAAGGAUUCCGAUAGGAAAGAAAACAAGUAUACAGACACGGCACUAGAUCAUGAGGAUGCUAUCUACCCUAGGAUUGUUUGUUACGCUUUGGAUUGCGCGCCCGUCAUCCGACAUCUAUUCGCUGGGCGCACACUAUACCAGAUAGAAAAAGACAUUGCUCGAGAAGACAAAUUUGAUGAAGGCCAGGUUGUCAAGUUGAUCAACGUUGAACUUGGAAUCAUGUAUUAUGAUCUAUACACUAAGGCUGCAGCACAUCACCCACGAACAAAAACAUAG